GUUUGUUUUGCUUCCCCCGCACACACAACUUAGUUGCUGUGAUAAGGGCAGAAAGGUUCGAAAAAUGGGCGAUUUUCAGCACUACUAUCUGGAGCUGUCCCCGGAUCCGGUGCGCUUCGACGCCGUCAGCCAGCUCACGAACGUGUUCUUCGACGAUGCCAAGCAGCAGGUGUUUGCGGUUCGCUCCGGCGGAGCGACAGGGAUCGUGGUCAAGAGUGCCACGCCCGGCGACGGGCCGAACAUUUCGUUUUGCAUGGAGGAUCGCGGCACGAUCCGGUCGAUCAAGUUCUCGUCGGAUAAUCUGGUGCUGGCGGUUCAGCGCAACGAGACGGCGGUGGAGUUUGUUCCGUUCAACGCGAGUCACCAGCCGCAGGUGCAGGAAAUGAUGGUGCACCAGGGCAAGAGUACGAUCUAUGGGUUUGUGUGGGUGCAGGAGCGCCAGGUGGCGUUGAUUUCCAACUCUGGGGUGGAGAUCUUUGCGGUGAAUUUGGAGAAGAGGACGCUGAAGUCGGUCAAGUCGCUGAACAUCACGGUGAACUGGUUCAGCUUUUGUCCGACGUCGAAUUUUGCGCUGUUGUCGGCGAACUUGGGGACGAUCUUGACGCCGGUUAUGCUGAAGCCGUCGACGAUCACGAAGUUGCCUCGGUUGGAGCUGCCGGCGGGGCAGGGUUGUUCGGGUCGGGAUGUGACGUUGGCACAGCUUUAUGGGACGAACGCGAUCAUGCUUUUGAAGCCGCUGCAGAAUCGUCAGUUUGAGGUGGUGAUCUAUUUGCUGAAUGGGCCGGGGUUGGCCCCGAAAAAGUCUCACAUUUUGCGAUUGGGACAGAAUGGCAGGUUUGCGAUGAAUAUCGUUGAUGAUGUGAUCGUGGUUCAUCACCAGGCCACGGCGACGUCGAUGUUGUUUGACGUGGCUCUUGGAGGGUCGGAAACGGAAGCUGGGACUGGGGCAGUUGUCCACCAGCCGAUCAUUCCGGCCAGGGCGAUCAAACCGUUUGCGUUGGCCGUUCCUAGCAUCUCGCUGGACGGGAAGACGAUGAACUGUGAUCUUUACUCGCAGCACUGGGUGUUGUUUCAGCCGAAUAUCGUGAUCGAUGCCAAGUUGGGCUGUUUGUGGUACGUGCUGUUGAAGCUGAGUUCGUUGUGCGCCUUGAUCACCGAUCGUCUACGUCUGGUUGAGUUCUUGCUGCAGCGAAGUGACGGUAAACCGGCUUUGUUGACCGUGCUGAAAGAGAUGAUGAGUACCAACUACAGCGGAACGAUGCUGCCGGUCAUCGAGAGCGUGUUCAACAAGCUCAACUCACUCUACAAGGGCGUUCUGGACAGUGAACUGCAGAGUCAGAUGGCCCUGAUGACGAUGACCAGCAGCAAAUCUCAACAGCAGAAACCUGGCCUCAUUCCACGAGUCUUGAUCGACCAAACGGACAUGUACACGGCGGUCUUCUCCACCAUAACCGACUCGGAACAGCUGGGAAAGAUCCUCCUGCUCUACCUACACUCGCUGGCCAAACACGGCAUAACCGCAAACCACGAGCUCAGCAAGCAGAUCGUCAUCGACCUCGUCAAAAACAAGCAGUUCGACACGCUCCAGCAACUGCUGAAAUACUCCGCCCUCAACGAGUCUAAACCACUCGCUUGCUUCCUUCUCUCCCUCUCCAACUCGCACCCCUCAAUCUCCCAAAUGGCCCUGGACAUGCUGGCCCGGCUCAACGCCAACGAAAUCAUCCUCGAAGUCCUGCUCGAGAAGGGCCAGGUCAUCGAGGCGCUUCGGAUCGCCAAACAGAUGCCGGGUGCGGAUUCCCUCCCCGCUCGGAAGUACCUGGAGGCGGCCUCCAAAACCCAAGACGCGCUCGUGUUCCACUCGGUGUACGCGUUCUUCCAGGCGAAGAACAUCCGGCUGCGCGGCUCGCCCGACUUUUUGAAGCAUGAACAAUGUGGGGAGUACGUGCAAUACUAUCAGACGUUGAUCAGCACGCAGUGCUUGUAGACUUCGACUAAUUUAAGGUAUGUGAUCUGUGCAAGAAUAAUCUAACCAUAUAUUCCAUUAUAAAGUCAAACUAAGUU